UAUGACAUUGAAUUCUGAAGCAUUUAAAACAAGGAGCCAUUCAUGCAUUUAUUAAUAAAACAAAAAAAACUCAAGAGUAAAAACAAGCUAGCCAAGAUAUCAACAAGAGUUCCUUGUUUGCAAUAACUCCUAUCCCGUGAAGAAAACCAACUUCCAUCUCCAGCUCCAACUUCUCCUCUCAAAUUCUCACUCAUCAGCUCUCCCUCCUCGUGAUGCUAACUAACACAGCUCCUCACGAGUUUCUCCAUGCAUUCCUUCUCUUCAAAUACUCCCCUUUCUCUUCCUCUUCAUCAUCAUUCUCAUUCUCAUCAAAUCUUCUACUUCUACUUCUACUUCUCUUCAUGGAUCCUAAACUCUGCUUGUUUUCAUCCUUCUUCUUCUUCUUCUUCUUCUUUAGUGAAGCUCUUCUUCAGACAUACAUUGUUCAGCUUGAACCUAAUCUAGAUCCAUUGAUCACCAAUAAGCUUGAAUGGCAUUUGUCUUUGCUUCAACAAGCAUCAACACCUUCUCGUCUUCUUUACUCUUAUGAAGCUGCCAUUGAAGGUUUUGCAGCUAGGCUCACUGAAGAAGAAGCGGAAGCCAUGCGGAGCAUUGCCGGAGUUGUUUCAGUCCGGCUUGAUCGUGGUUUCCAGUUGCACACUACUUAUUCUCACAAGUUCUUGGGCUUGAGCUUCUCCGGCAAUGGCGCAUGGUCAGAGUCUGGCUUUGGGGAAGGGACUGUUGUAGGUGUGUUAGACACCGGAGUUUGGCCUGAGAGUCCGAGCUUCGAUGACCGGGGAAUGCCACCGGUGCCGAAGAAAUGGCGGGGAGUGUGUCAAGAAGGGGAGGACUUCAAUUCUUCUCAUUGUAAUCGAAAGCUCGUCGGAGCACGGUACUAUGCCAAAGGCCACCAUGCUUCUAAUCCGGCGAGCUCCUCCUCUGUCACUGAGUACAUCUCUCCGCGUGACGCACAUGGCCACGGAACACACACCUCCUCCACCGUCACCGGUGUCGCCGUCCCCGGCGCCAGUGUCCUCGGCCUCGGCCUUGGCACUGCAAGUGGCAUGGCACCAAGAGCUCACCUUGCUAUAUAUAAAGUUUGCUGGUUCAGUGGUUGUUAUAGCUCCGACAUCCUCGCCGGAAUGGAUGAUGCCAUUAAAGACGGUGUCGACGUGCUCUCGCUCUCUCUCGGCGGGUUUCCGAUCCCCCUUUUCGAAGACAGCAUUGCCAUUGGGAGUUACCGGGCCACUGCAAGCGGCAUAUCAGUCAUUUGCGCCGGCGGGAAUAACGGCCCUGUGGCGAGCUCCGUCGCCAAUGAAGCUCCAUGGAUAACCACCGUUGGUGCCGGAACUCUAGACCGGAGAUUCCCGGCCGUUGUGAAGAUGGGUAAUGGUGAGCUCUUGUACGGUGAGUCCAUGUUCCCGGGUAACCGUUAUUCAAAAAAUGGCGGGAAGGAAGUUGAGCUUGAGCUUGUUUAUGAGAAUGGCGGGAAUGAUGGUGGGGAGUCUUGCUACAAAGGGUCUCUGACAAGAGCUCAGGUUGCCGGAAAAUUGGUCGUGUGUGACCGAGGCGGCAGUGGCCGUGCCGAGAAGGGCGAGGUCGUCAAAGAAGCCGGAGGAGCUGCCAUGAUCUUAACUAAUACUGAAGUCAAUCUUGAAGAAGAUUCAGUUGAUGUUCAUGUCCUUCCGGCCACUCUUGUUGGUUACAAUGAAGCUAUCCAGCUUAAGAAGUACAUAAACGCAACUGCGCACCCGGUGGCAAAGCUUGUCUUCGGCGGGAGUUCUGUUGGACGGUCUCGUGCUCCGGCGGUCGCCUUGUUUUCCUCACGAGGACCGAGCCUGACUAACCCGUCAAUACUCAAACCGGAUAUAAUAGCCCCUGGUGUUAACAUCAUCGCCGCUUGGCCGGAGAAUUUAGGCCCCUCUGGUUUACCAGAGGAUGUCAGACGGUCUAACUUCAGCGUGUUAUCUGGUACAUCAAUGGCUUGCCCUCAUGUUUCAGGCAUUACAGCAUUAAUUCGGGCAAAACAUCCAACUUGGAGCCCGGCGAUGAUCAAAUCGGCAAUCAUGACUUCUGCAGAUAUCACUGAUCAUUAUGGGAAACCGAUACUUGACGGUGUCAAGCCUGCCGGUAUUUUUGCCAUUGGAGCAGGACAUGUUAAUCCAGCAAAAGCCAUUGAUCCGGGUCUUGUUUAUGAUAUCAGCCCAGAUGAGUAUGUCAUCCAUCUUUGCUCGCUUGGAUAUACCCGGUCUGAGAUCUUCGGCAUUACUCAUAAGAAUUCCAGCUGCAAGGAGACACUGCAGAGGAACAAGCAUUUCAGUUUGAACUACCCUUCGAUUUCGGUGACUUUCAAGCAUGGCAGAACAAGAGUGGUUGUUCAGAGGAGAGUAACAAAUGUUGGUGCCCCGAAUUCGGUGUACACAGUGCAGGUUACAACACCGCGCGGUGUGAGAAUGCGGGUGGUGCCGGAGAUCUUAACAUUCACACAAGUGAAUCAAGUGAGAAGUUACAGCAUUUUGUUUGAAUCCACAAAGAGAGUGAUGAAAGGGAAUAGCUAUGCAGAAGGAAGUCUAGUUUGGAUUCAGAACAAAAACGGAAGUCAUAGGGUACGAAGCCCAUUGUCGAUAACGUGGGCAGGAGAUGAGGCUGAAGGAUAAGCUCUGAAUUUCUCAAGACUAAUUCAUAGAUUCUAAGAUAUCAGAAAUUAGGAUGAAUACUUCUUUAUUUAAUGGAUAAAGAAGAUAAGUUUCAAUUUAUCGACUUUUAUAUCUUGUAAGAAGAGCCAUUCUUAUCUAUCAAGAUGUUAUACAUGGCUCAAUUC